UUAAACAUACUAUAUUACUAUCUUUACUCUUUACACAAGAAGGAAAGAAAGCUAACCUUUGUUAAAGAAACAUGUCGAAGACACCACCAGAGAAACAAGAGUUACCACUAGAAACAAGUCCGUACACGAAGUACGAAGAUAUAGAAGAUUACAAGAAGAACGCUUAUGGAACUUCCGGUCACCAGGAGGUUAAGUCUGGCCAAGGCGGCGGCUCAACCGACGCACCGACCCUCUCCGGUAGUGCUCCUCCCUCUGCUAUAGAUUCAGCUAACCAACAAGCUAAGAAGUGAAUCAUUCAUUAUCACAAAACAAACAUGUUCUCUUGCCUUUUCUAUAUGAUGCUUUUGCGAUAAUUUGAUUUGUUUAAAAAAAAAAAGAUAAUUGAUUUGUUUUUUUCUC